AUGGCGUCGCGCCUCCUCUCGAUCCUCCUGGCCGCGCUGCUGCUGGUGCUGCCGGCCGCAGAAGGCAGCUGGUACCACCACGGCGCCAUCCGGCACCGCCGUGGCCGCGCGCGUGUCCGCCCGCGGCACAACCACGGCAAGUUCGGGCCUGGCAGGUGGAGCCUGGCCCACGCCACCUUCUACGGCGGCAGCGACGGCAGCGAGACGACCGGUAUGACCACCCACCCGGCAUAGAGAGAAAAAAAUAGAAGUCUUCCUUCCUUCCUUCCUCCCGGCGAGGGAAUGAACAGCGGCCGGCGUUGGUGGCGCAGCUGGAGCUUGCGGCUACGAUGACACGGUCAGCCAGGGGUACGGCCUGCACACGGCGGCGCUGAGCUCCGCCCUGUUCGUCGACGGCCUAACCUGCGGCGCCUGCUACGAGAUCAAGUGCGUCAACGACCGGCAGUGGUGCAAGCCCGGCCACCCCUCCGUCUUCGUCAGCGGCACCAACAACUGCCCCCCAAACUACGCCCUCGCCAGCGACAACGGUGGCUGGUGCAACCCCCCCCGCUCCCACUUCGACCUCUCCCAGCCAGCCUUCCUCCAGAUCGCCCAGUACCAGGCCGGCAUCGUCCCUGUCGCUUACCGCAGGUAGGCUCCCCUCCCUCUCCACCACCACCAACCUCGCCGGUAAGGGUGCAACUCAACUGACUUCUCCGUCGCAGGGUCCCUUGCAAGAAGCAGGGAGGGAUCCGGUUCACCAUCACGGGGAACCCCUACUUCAACCUGGUGCUGGUGUGGAACGUGGCCGGCGCCGGCGACGUCCACGGCGUGCAGGUGAAGGGGAACAAGCUGGGGUGGACGACGAUGUCCCGCAACUGGGGCCAGCUCUGGCAGACCAACGCGCAGCUUGUCGGCCAGUCCCUCACCUUCAGGGUCACCACCAGCGACGGCCGCCGCUCCACCUCCUGGCACGUUGCCCCCCGCGACUGGCAGUUCGGCCAGACCUUCGAGGGCAAGAACUUCCGCACCUAA